UUGAAAUUUCCCAUCCACCUCGACAACCUCCGACCAGCCUUCCUCGCCGGACACUUCAGCAAAAAUGGGUCGCCUUCACUCCAAGGGCAAGGGCAUUUCGUCCUCUGCCAUCCCCUACUCCCGCACCGCUCCCGCGUGGAUGAAGACCACCCCCGACCAGGUUGUCGACCACAUCUGCAAGCUGGCCAAGAAGGGUGCCACCCCUUCCCAGAUCGGUGUUGUCCUCCGUGACUCCCACGGUGUUGCCCAGGUCAAGAUUGUCACUGGUAACAAGAUCCUCCGUAUCUUGAAGUCCAGCGGCCUCGCCCCCGAGCUCCCCGAGGACCUUUACUUCCUGAUCAAGAAGGCCGUCGCUGUCCGCAAGCACCUCGAGCGCAACCGCAAGGACAAGGACUCCAAGUUCCGCCUGAUUCUGAUCGAGUCCCGUAUCCACCGUCUGUCCCGCUACUACAAGACCGUCGGUGUCCUGCCCCCCACCUGGCGCUACGAGAGCGCCACCGCCUCCACCCUUGUCGCAUAAGCGAAGGCGUGGUUGUCUGUGGAUAUUGGAAAUGGGGUUCUGAAGGGUCCCGUCAGACCAUGUCUGCGGUUCUCAUUAAGAUAUGCUAGAUACGUCCGGUAAAAAAAAGAACUAUUACGAGUUAUACCCUUUC